GCGGGUCCCCUUCCACGGAGGCCGCCAUGUUGCACCACUAUGUUUCUACAGUAGCCCAGAAUGGACAAACCAAACACUGGCUUUAUUUUCAGUUUAUACUUUGCUUACAUGGUGCAUAAUUACCAAAAACGAAUCAGUAAUUACUAAAUAAUACAUACACUGUGCACAGAGUGGGUAUUGGGGGCCCACAGCUCAUUUUUGGCCCAACAAAGAAUGAACUAAACUAUACUACCAUGCUUUGCCAUCAAAAUAAAUUGAAAAGUAAUAAUUUUGGGGCCUUUAAGAACCCAGUUUGAAAGCUAUUCCUCUGACUGUUCACAUGGACGCAUCUAAUGCAAAUCUUGAAAUGUAUUGGCAUUGCAGUGCCACAGCAUUGGCGGGAAACACGAAAAACUGAUCAAGUUCAACAAAGGUAGUAGGCUAUAGGCAAAUAAAAUGCCACGGAAAGAUUGGUCAGGCAACAAGUAAAACUCAUUCACAAUGGGAGGGACAUCCCUGGUUGCUCCAGCAACUAAAAGCGGAAGUUGUAGUAUCCAUGGUAACUAGGUAAAGUGACGCUAAACCGGAGAAGAGUACGCUUUAUUCAGUUGAAGCUGCAGCUAGGUUGGUCCGUCUUAUCACCUUUGAUAGAAAAGUCCAAUGUCCCGAAAAGCACUGAAAGUGGUGGUCGAAUUAAAGUUGAGAGCGGUUUCUUGUCCUGGAGUUCAUCUUCCAGCCAAGGAUGAUAUCUACCUCAGCAUGUGCUUCAUGGGCCAGUACCGUCAGUCUGAUUGUCUCCCUGCCGUCUUUCCUCUGCUGUUUCAUGAGAAGAUGACCUUUGAAAAGAUUUUCAGGCAUGCAGUUGACCCUGGAGACAUCGCUGUAAUGCUUGAGUAUGAGACGGUCAGAAUUGAACUGGUGCAGCUGAUUCCUCCAGUGGGGGACACUCUGGCCUGCUUUGAAGAAGAUGCUCGAAGUUUCUUAUUCCCAGAACCCAAACUCGUCCCCUCCUUCUCUGGAGUGGAUCGAGAGGUUUUGAUGACCCGAGCACCUCACUUUCCAGGUAUUGCUCCAAGGUUGGAGUUUUCCAGCAAAACAACCAUUAUUGAGUGCUCAGCUGAUGCAGAGAUCAACAUUUACCCCAAUGUAUCCAUGAGGCCAGUGAUAAAGAGGAACAGGAAACACUCCAGCAGACCCAGGACCUCUUCUCCUCAGAGGAAACAACCUCAAAGCCUUGGAAGGAGACAAAGUGGCAGGGCAUACAGAGAAAGACACAGCAGCGCCAGGUCACCGUCAUACAAUUCCAGAUCCCAGUCCCUAUCCCCUCUAAGAGCUGGAAACACCCAGAGUCUGGCCCAGCUCAGCCUGGGCUCUGCAGCUCCCGGCCUGGCCAACUGGGACACAACCAGCACCUCCCAGCCUCUACCAACCAGUCGAUCUGCCUCGCCCCACCACUCUGCAGUGUUUACCGACACCUCUUCACCUUUGACCAGGUCUUCCUUCACAGUGAGAUAUUCUCCAGGUGGCAGAAGAAAAUCUUUAUCCAAUGGUUUGGUUGAAGGCAUAUUAAAAGACAACUACAGCUCUUCAGAAACACAUGACCCCUUUGAGUACCACCAAGGUCCUGCACCUUCAGGGCUGUGGGGGUCUUAUAGGGAACAGGCCAGGCACAGCAGGUCUCAGUCCAGCCUUCACAGAGAAUGGGAAGAGGUCCAAGAGCGUGUACGGGGACUCCUUACGACACCAAAAGCUGUACGCCGACUUGUCUAUGGGGCCACACACUCUGAGGUAGACAAGGUUUUAGCAAGGAGGUCCAUCUCUCCAGGUCCACCAUGAUGACCUGGCCAGGCUCCGGAAAGGUGAAGUGGACCUGUUCUGUGUCUCCAUGAGUUUCACUUUUCACUUAAAAAAAUGCUGUUUCCUUGGGGCGUCCUGAUUACGUAGUGGUUAAGAUGCAUACCAUGUAAUCACGAUAUCCCUGGUUUGAUUCUGGUUAGCCUUUAACUUUGCUGCAUGUCAAACCACUCUUUCUAUAUAAAAGGCAGCAAAAAAUUAUCUUUUUACAAAAAAAUGCCCCCUUCCCCCUAAAUUCCUCUGUGUGGAGAAUUUGUGGCUUUCUGGGUGUGAACCAGUUGAAACUGUGUAAGGUUUCAAUGUGUAAGGUCUGUGAAAAUGCAGUCAUUAUAGAUUGGUUUUUAUGGACAACCUCCAGUGCAAUUUCUGACUGAUAGGAACACAUGAUGAUGCAUUUUCAAAGCAGCUGACACAUUUUGCACACUUAUUUAGAUGUGAUGUAUGUAAAUGACUUAUGUUGUAAAUUUGUUUUUAAUCAAUAAACUGUGUUCGAUCAUA